AAGGAGGAAUCUCUCUCUCUCUCUCUCUCCUUUCCGAUGAGUUCUUAUUUUGUCAACUCGACCUUCCCGGUGAGCCUGGCGGCGGGGCAGGAGCCCUUCCUGGGACAGCUGCCGCUGUACCCCUCGGGCUACGCGGAUCCUUUGCGGCACUACCCCGGCACGUUCGGCGCCGCGGGCGCGCAGGACAAGGGCUACUCCUCCUCUCCUUACUACCAGCAGAGCAGCGCGGCGUUCGGCGGCCGCGGCUCCGCCUGCGACUACGGGCCCGGCGGCUUUUUCAGGGACAAGGACCCUGCGUGCGCCCCUGCCGGGCCGGACGAGGUGCCCUCCUUCGGCGCCGAGGCGCGCAAGGCGGACUGCGCGCACAGCAAAAGCGCCUUCGGAGAGAGCGAGGAGCAAAAGUGUUCCGCGCCCGUUUACCCCUGGAUGCAGCGGAUGAACUCUUGCAAUAGUUCAUCCUUCGGUCCCUCGGGUCGCCGGGGCCGCCAGACCUACACCCGGUAUCAAACUCUGGAGCUGGAGAAGGAAUUCCACUUCAACCGCUACCUGACCCGGCGGCGCCGCAUCGAGAUCGCGCACUCGCUGUGCCUGAGCGAGCGCCAGAUCAAGAUCUGGUUCCAGAACCGCCGCAUGAAGUGGAAAAAGGAGAACAAACUGCUCAGCUCCUCGCAGCUCGGCGCCGAGGACGAGGAGGAGAAAGCGGCCGAGUGAUUCCACGGCAAAGGGGGAAAAAAAAAAAAAAAAUUUAAAGAAUUAUGGUCUGAAAAAAUGUGGGGGGAAAGGAGGUGAAAUUGUUGAAAAGGAGAGGGGAAAAUUUGUGUGGGAGGGAAUUCCCGCUCACAGCGCCAUCAAGUUUGGGCCACCAACACUCUAGACUCGGAUUAACACUCUAGACUUGGAUUCUGUUCAGAAAUACCCCUAAAAACAACAAAAAAAUUUAAAAUAAUUAUCCCCU